AUGUUUCUAAGCAGUAGGCCUAAUAUUUGCGGAGGGCGGAAUAAUCGAACCGCUCGAUGUUGCCCUGGCUGGAAAAGAAGAGGAGGAAGUGGACCUUGCAUAAUUCGUUUAUGUCAAGAGCCUUGUCUGAAUGGGGGACGUUGCAUUGGCCCUGACCGUUGUGCUUGUGUUUACGGAUUCACCGGUAGACGAUGUGAAAGAGAUUACAGGACUGGACCUUGCUUUCGCAAAGUGAAGAAUCAGUUUUGCGCUGGCCAGCUGACUGGUGUUGUCUGUACUCGACAGCUUUGUUGUGCAACUGUUGGAGUCGCAUGGGGACACCCCUGCGAGCAGUGUCCAUCAAGUCUAGAUUGUGAUAGGGGCUUCAUUACCAAUAUACAGUCAAAAACUUGUCAAGAUGUGGAUGAGUGCGAAGCGAUUCCUGGAAUUUGCGAAAAGGGGAAAUGUGUUAAUUCAGUCGGUUCAUUCAGAUGUGACUGCACAGAGGGUUAUCUGUACAAUGAAGACACAAGCACUUGCGAAGAUGUUAAUGAAUGUGAAGAAGACUCGAGCUUGUGCCAAAAUGGUAAAUGCGUCAACUCCGAUGGUGGUUUCAACUGCUUGUGUGACUACAGUUAUGUACCUUCUCAGAACCAACGAGCUUGUCUAGAUACCCGUCAAGCUUAUUGUUACAUCAACAUGGUCAAUGGCCAGUGCCGCAAUCCUCUGGCUGUACGCCUCACUAAAGUGGAAUGUUGCUGUGGAGUGAAUAUGGGUACUGGAUGGGGCGACCAACCCUGUGAAACGUGUCCUCUGCCUGGAUCCGAUGCUCAUAAUCAGUUGUGCAAAGCUAGUUCGACGCCAGAUAUCAAUGAAUGUGACUUACGUCCCGAUUUGUGUGAAAAUGGACGCUGCAUUAACACCCCCUCGUCUUACCGCUGCGAAUGCAACAGAGGCUACAGAGGAAGUAAUAACGAUAAGAAGUGUGUUGACAUAGAUGAAUGCAAGAACUCUACGUUGUGUCAAAACGGAAGAUGUAUGAAUACUAUAGGAAGUUUUUCUUGUAUCUGUCCAACAGGCUACGAUUUAACGUCAGACAAUACUAAAUGCACAGAUCAAGACGAGUGCUCUGUCACUGGCAUGUGCGCAAAUGGUGUUUGUGUUAAUGGUGCCGGCUCUUUCACUUGUCGAUGUCAUCCUGGUUAUACUUUAUCUCCUACCGGACAAUCAUGCAUUGAUAUUGAUGAGUGCAAAGAAAAUGAUCGGAUAUGUUUGCGAGGCACAUGCGAAAAUCAACCUGGAAGUUAUAAAUGUAUCUGUCAAGAUGGAUUUGUCGUUUCGCCCGAAGGAGACUUCUGUUUAGAUAGAAAUGAAUGUGAAGAGAAAGGAAUGUGCAGACAUGGGAUCUGUGUCAACGGUGAUGGAAGUUUCAAAUGUAUAUGCGACCCAGGAUAUAAAAUUUCCCCUGAUGGACAUUUUUGCAUUGACAUAAAUGAAUGCACUGAAACUCCGGAUGCAUGUGUGAAUGGCAGGUGUGAAAAUACUGAUGGUAGCUUCAGGUGUAUUUGUAUAGAUGGUUUCACAAUGGGACAAAAUGGAAGAAUUUGCCAAGACACACAUAGAGAUUAUUGUUUCUCCAAUUAUAAGAAUGGGGAAUGCUCAAAUCCCUCUUCAAUGGCUGUAACUAAAUCUGCUUGCUGUUGCGCCAAUCGAGGAGCAAUGACUCCUGCUUGGGGAAAUCCUUGUGUGCCUUGCCCUGCAUUAGGAUCUAAAGAGUUUCUUCAACUCUGCCCACGAGGUCCGGGCUCUGGUCAAGUUGAUGAUAUCAAUGAAUGUGUGGUUUUUCCUAAUAUUUGUCCAAAUGGUGCUUGUGAAAACCUGAAGGGUAGUUAUCGUUGCAUUUGUAAUCCUGGAUAUCAAGUAGAUACAACUGGAAAAAUAUGUUCAGAUAUCAAUGAAUGUGCAGUUAAUUUAUUGUUAUGUGAUAAAGGACAAUGCAGAAAUACACCAGGAAGUUUUCAAUGUACUUGUCCUACUGGAUUCCGUCAUAAUGUCUUGACAAAUACUUGUGAUGAUAUUGAUGAAUGCCAAGAAAGGGGCAAAGAAAUAUGCAUUGGUGGAUCUUGUUUCAACACUCCUGGAAGCUAUCAAUGUGAAUGUGAACCUGGAUCUGCCCUUGAUGGCUCAAGAAAUAUUUGUGUUGACAAUAGAAAAGGCUCUUGUUGGAUGAGUGUAAAAGGAGGUCGCUGUGAAAAUGAUAUUAAAUUCCCCAUGCUUAAAUCUGAAUGCUGUGGCUCUGUAGGCAAAGCCUGGGGUAGUCCUUGUCAACUUUGUGCCGAAAUAGAACGGCAGUGUCCUAAAGGUUUUGCCAUGUUAGAUGGAUCAACAUGUACAGAUAUAAAUGAAUGUGAAGUGUUUCCAGAUAUUUGUCAAGGUGGAGGAUUAUGUGUUAAUGUGGAAGGUUCUUAUCGCUGUAACUGUCCACCUGGUCUAACUUUGGAUCCCACUGGAUCAAAAUGCUACGAUUUACGAGAGGAAACCUGCUAUAUGCAGUUCGACAAAGGACGUUGUCUAAAACCAUUUGAUGGCCAUUAUAGGAAAAUGCUGUGUUGCUGUUCUUUAGGAAGAGCAUGGGGGCAUGCUUGUGAACAGUGCCCUCGUCCUGGAACAGAGGCUUUCAAUGAACUUUGUGUCAAAGGAUUUGGUUAUGCUUAUGUUUCAGAUAUUAAUGAAUGUGUGCAAUUUCCUUCAAUUUGUCAACAUGGUCGAUGCAGAAACACUGUUGGGAGCUUCAGUUGUCAGUGUAAUCCUGGAUUUGCACAAGAUUCUGAUGGCCUCAACUGUACUGAUAUAAAUGAAUGUGCUAUAGCACAUGGUGUUUGUGCAAAUGGUACAUGCAGGAAUACUGCUGGCUCUUUUAGAUGUGACUGUAAUGAAGGAUAUGAAGAUGUCAUGAUGAUGCAAAUGUGCAUGGACAUUAAUGAAUGCACAAGGAUUCGUGGAUUGUGUCGUGGAGGAAAUUGUAUAAAUACCCCUGGAUCAUUCAGAUGUGAAUGCCCUCCUGGUCAUGAACUGACACCUAAUGGCCGAGCUUGUAAAGACAUUGAUGAAUGCAGUCGAACUAGCGGAAUAUGCUCCAAUGGAGUUUGUGAAAAUAUGAUGGGUUCAUAUCAAUGUACUUGUAAUGAUGGAUUUAAACAGACAUCGCAACAUACCAGUUGCGAAGAUAUUGAUGAAUGUUCAAACAGAAAAGGUGGUUGUCAGUCUCAGUGUGUAAAUGCUCCAGGUAGCUACAGAUGUGAUUGUGAUGAAGGCUAUAAACUUAUGCCAGAUGGAACCAGCUGUGAAGAUAUUGAUGAGUGUAAAGAUAUUCCCAAUAUUUGCAGUGGUGGUAAAUGUACAAAUUAUGCUGGAUCCCAUACUUGUCAGUGUACCGGUGGAUUAAGGCCAUCACCUGAUGGUAAAUCUUGCCUUGAUAUUGAUGAAUGUGCAUUGAACCCAAAUGUUUGCCUCAAUGGUCGUUGUGAAAAUAAUUUAGGAUCCUAUAUCUGUCAUUGUGAUUUUGGAUAUUCUGUCAAAGACCAUGAACAAGGAUGUACAGAUGAUAAUGAAUGUGAAACAGGAAUCAGUGAGUGUGAUGAACAUGCUGACUGUGUUAACACUUUAGGCAGCUACGAAUGUAUUUGUCUGGAUGGUUUUAGAGGUGAUGGAUUCGAAUGUAGAGAUAUGAAUGAAUGUCUUAGAGAUAAUGGUGGGUGUGAUCCGGAUGCUGCCUGUGUCAAUGCCAUGGGAUCAUUCCAGUGCUCUUGUGACAGUGGCUUUACUGGAGAUGGUUUUUCUUGUAGAGAUGUCGAUGAAUGCAGCUUAAAUCCUGCUUUGUGUGAAAAUGGACAGUGUCUCAACUAUGGAGGAGGUUACAGAUGUGAAUGUGAUAUGGGAUUUGCUGCUGAAGAGAAUGAAAAAGCCUGUGUUGAUGUUGAUGAGUGUGCAUUAUUCCAAAACAUUUGUGCUCAUGGAAGAUGUGAAAAUAUUUUUGGCAUGUUUAGAUGCAAUUGUAAUACUGGCUUCCAGUUGGAUGAUUCCGGUGGGAAUUGUACAGAUAUUAAUGAGUGUGAAAAUCCACAAAUUUGUCAAUAUGGUACUUGUGUCAAUACUGUUGGAUCCUUCAUCUGUCAAUGCCCACCAAAUUAUUCACUUGCUCCAAAUGGUGCUGGCUGUAUAGAUCGAAGAGUGGGGCAAUGUUUCUUGGAUGUGACUGGAAUUUACAAUGGAAGAGGGCUUUGUAGCACUGAACUUGGAGAAAGAAUAGCUAAGGCAACAUGCUGCUGCUCUGUUGGAAGAGGUUGGGGACCCACUUGUGAAGUUUGCCCUGCAGUUAAUUCAACUGAAUAUCGUACACUUUGUCCUGGAGGGCAAGGCUUUCAACCAAAUCAAAUUACAGUAGUUUUGGAAGAUAUUGAUGAAUGUAGGGAUCUUUCUGGUGUGUGUAAAGGUGGAAGAUGUUCCAACACUUUUGGUAGUUUCAUGUGCAUUUGUGCCGAUGGUUAUACUUUAGACUCUACACAGAGAAAUUGUGUUGAUGUGAAUGAAUGUGCAAUAAGACCAGAUAUUUGUGGUGCAGGGACCUGCAUAAACACCGAAGGAAGUUAUACUUGCACUUGUCCGCCUGACUUUGUAUUAGUACCAGGAGGAACUUGUGUUGACAUGAGGCGUUCCAAUUGUUUUAGACAAGCAUAUCAUACAUCUACUCGUCCGUCACGUUUAGUGUGUGAGCAUCCUAUGAUGUCCAAUGAAACAAAAUUGACAUGUUGCUGUUCUGUUGGCCGAGCAUGGGGACACCCUUGUGAGCCCUGCCCUGUACAAAAUUCAGAGGAAUAUAGAAAAUUAUGCAGCAUGACACCUGGAACAAUAAUCAACCCAAUCACUGGUGAAGUUGAUGAUUUGGAUGAGUGUAAAUCUGGUGUAUGUGAAAAUGGUCAUUGCAAAAAUACUAUAGGCAGUUUUGUUUGUGAAUGCUACAAUGGCUAUAGGUAUAACACAUUAAUCAACAAGUGUGAAGACAUAAACGAAUGCAUAGAGACACCUGGUGUUUGUGAAGGUAGUUCUUCAUGUGUCAAUACUCUGGGAAGUUUUGAUUGUCGAUGCCCUGAUGGUUACAAACUUUCAUCAUCACGUCGAGAUUGCUUAGAUGUCAAUGAAUGUUCUAAAACUGGAAUGUGUGACAAUGGAGUCUGUAAAAACUUAGAUGGAAGUUUCAUUUGUACAUGCAACAAUGGUUAUCGCUUAUCUCCAUCAGGAGAGCAUUGUCUUGAUAUUGAUGAAUGUGCUCGCAGUCCAGGUAUUUGUGCUGAUGGUACCUGUACAAACGUUCCCGGCUCCUACAGAUGUCACUGUAAUCCUGGUUUUCAACUAUCACCUAAUGGCGAUUGCUUUGAUAUUGAUGAAUGCAGAACACAGUAUGGAAUUUGUCAAAAUGGUCGUUGUCGGAAUACAAUAGGAAGUUAUAACUGUCAGUGUCAAAUUGGGUAUAAUCUAAGUCCUGAUGGUCGUAGUUGUGUAGAUAUCAAUGAAUGCCUGGACAGUAACUUGUGUUCUCGUGGAACUUGCCGAAAUUCAGAAGGUUCUUUCCAAUGCACAUGUGAUGAAGGCUAUCAAUUAACUCAUGACAAGCGAGAUUGUGAAGAUAUUGAUGAGUGUCGAAGCAUAUCUUCAAUAUGUGAUGGUGGUGCAUGUACAAACACUGAUGGAAGUUUUAUUUGUUCUUGCCCUCAUGGAUAUCGACUGUCAUUUGAUGGAAAGGAAUGCAUAGAUACACGACAAAACAAUUGCUUUCAAGAAUACAUUAAUGGAAUUUGCAGGAAUCCAAAAACUUCUAACAUGACAAGAAAAGAAUGUUGCUGCAUGAAAGGAUCUGUUGCUUGGGGAGCAAAUCCGUGUGAACCGUGUCCUGAUCCUAGAGGAGGUUUGGCUUUCAAAAAAUUGUGCCCUGAUGGCUUUGGAUACGUCAUAGUGAAUGGCAUAAUGGAAGACAUAAACGAAUGUAUGAUGGAUCCUACUUUAUGUGAAAAUGGUAUUUGUGUAAAUACUGAUGGCAACUAUCGAUGUGAAUGUCUUGAUGGCUUCAAGAUUGAUCCGUCUGGAACCAAAUGCAUUGAUAUGGACGAAUGCAGAGAACGAGGUUUUGCAUUAUGUGGCAAUGGAACCUGUACAAAUGUCAUUGGAGGAUUUGAAUGCGAUUGCCGUGAUGGUUUUACUGCUGGACCUAGUCAAACUUGUGAAGAUAUUAAUGAAUGUGAAGAAAUGGGAUCCCUUUGUGCCUUUAGAUGUCAAAAUAUACCAGGAUCUUUUAAAUGCACUUGUCCAUAUGGUUACACUUUAGCGCCUGAUCAAAGACAUUGUGAAGAUUUAGAUGAGUGCAAGACUCCUGCAAAUGAUUGUCGAUUUGACUGCAAAAACCUUAUAGGAUCUUUCAUGUGUAUAUGUCCUGAAGGAUAUCAGCAAAUUGGCAUGGUUGAUGAUUGUACAGAUAUUGAUGAAUGUCGCACAACUCCUGGAGUAUGUGUGAAUGGAAGAUGCAUUAACACCAGAGGCUCUUACCGCUGUGAAUGCUAUGAUGGAUUUGAACCAUCCAGAGAUCAAAAAGAAUGCAUAGAUGUUCGUACUGGCAAUUGUUACAAACUCCCAUCAUGUUCUUCGCAAACUCGAGAUGCCGCUGAGAUGACGAAGAUUGAUUGCUGCUGUGGAAUGGGAGCUGCUUGGGGACCAAGAUGUGAAAUAUGUCCUCAGAAAGGAAGUGAUGAAUAUAACGAGCUUUGUCCACAUGGAGUAGGAUUUGAUAAAGAUGGUAGAGAUGUUGAUGAAUGUUCCUUAAUGCCUGAGCUUUGCCAAAAUGGACGUUGCAUCAAUACCCUGGGAUCAUAUCGCUGCAUUUGUAACAAAGGAUAUAAACCAGAUCUUUCUGGAAUAAGAUGUGUAGAUGUCAAUGAAUGUGAUCAUGUUCCUCCUCCUUGUAAGUUCACUUGUGAGAAUACGGAAGGAAGCUUCCGCUGCUCAUGCCCGAGAGGUUACGUUUUGGCCCCAGACAAUAUUACAUGUAGAGAUAUUGAUGAAUGCAAAACUGGAUUGCAUGAUUGCCAAAAUCAAUGUGUCAAUACUCAAGGAAGUUACCAAUGUACUUGCCAGUCGGGUUUCACCCAGUCUGGUGGCCAAUGUUUAGAUAUCAAUGAAUGCACAGAUGAACCACAUUUGUGUUCUCCUAGUGGAACUUGCAUGAAUAUGCCUGGAAGUUUCAAAUGUCUGUGUCCAAGAGGUUAUAAUUUAGAUCCUUCUGGAAAAUUUUGUAUUGAUACUGAUGAAUGCCAGGAUGAUUCUCGUUGCCAACAUGGUUGUGAAAAUAUGGUCGGCGGUUACCGCUGUGCUUGUCCAGAAGGUUUCAGGCAACAUUAUUAUUGGAAUCAAUGUGUAGAUGAGAAUGAAUGUGCAGCAGGACCGGUAUGUGGAGCAGCAAGCUGUGAAAAUACUGUUGGUAGUUAUUCCUGUAGUUGUCCCCCUGGAUAUGUGUUUGAUGGGAACAACAUGAUGUGCAUCGAAGUAGGUGGUGGAGCUGGUGGUUGCCAAAAUGCACCAUGUAACUUUGGUUGUUCUACUGGACCUUAUGGUUAUUUGUGUGGUUGCCCAGAUGGCUAUCAAAGAAGCCAAGGGCACUGCUUAUCCAGUAUUUCUCCACAAUCAUAUAUUGGCUCUAUCUCUCCUCAGAAUAUCGGAGGAAUAGACAACAGUUUACUACCUUUAGGAAAUCUUCAUAUACCUAGUGAAAGUAGUUAUACUGGUGAUAAAGUGAUUUCUACUGAAGGUUGUUAUUCUUGUAAAUUAAACAGCAAUAAUCGUCAAAAACGGGAUGUUUUCAACAGGACAAAAACUUUUCCUGAAGUUAGAAGGCUACAUUCCAAUAAGUUAUCAGUUCCUCAGUUACGAAGAUUAGAGAAAAAAGUUCCCAAUAGAAUGCAACAUCUGCCAUCCCGGCGUAUUCGUCAUUUGCAGAAUGCAUCAAAAAAGCUCUUAAAGGUCAAAACUGUGGAAGCUGAACCCCAUAUCACAAUUUUUGUGCCAUUGAAUCGGCUAAAUGCUGAAGUAGAUUUGCUGACAAUUCAACCAGCAGUUAAAUAUCUCAAUAAUAAUGAAAAAUUCCAAAUCAUAGAUGGCAAUAAAAAUAAUUUUUUUGCCAUAUCCAACAGAAGAGGCAUAUCAGUUCUACAUUCUAGAGAAAAAAUCAGACAGCCAGGUUUGCACAUAUUGAAAAUUUUAGGCACCAUUGAAAGCCUGACACAGAUGGCCAAAAUAACGGAACAAAAACCAUUUCAUUUGACUGUGCAUUUGGUAAUCACAAAGUGAGAAAUGUUGUUAUAAGAUUGUUGAAUCACUGCCUUUAGAGAAAAUCGGAUUUAUAAGCUGGAAUUUUCCAUGCAGAGCCUUCAGAGUACUAAAAUAUAUUUUAAACGAAUCAAAAGUCAAUUUUAAGAAAAUUAUUUAUUUAAAUCAUAACUAAAUAUUUAAAAGUUAACAUUUCUAGUUAUAAUAAGAAAUGUAUACAGAGCUUUAAAAUGUUCCCAAUCAAAAUGUUGACGGUUUAUCCUAACUUGCCUACAUUACAAAUUCAAACGUUGUGAAGUUUGUUUUCAGUAUUUAAAAAUAAAUGAAUAAAAAAUAUCUGACCCAGCAUUACACAUUUUUUAAAUCUGUGAUAUUUUAUACAACAGAUCUGUGUUAUAAUAAUUUUUAAUAUUGAUUGGGAAAAUAAGUGUGUGUAAGUUUUCCGUGCCAUAAGGUAUUUGAAACAGCUAAAUUUAGCCCAACAUAGGUUCUAUAGUAGACUUUGAACUUCUGCUUUAUGCAAGAGCUCUAUUUUUAGUGCAAAUAAUUUUUUCAUGUCCAUUAUGUGAAAAAACAUUCAUGACAUUUGACACAAGCAUCAUGUACCAUCACAUUCGUAUUUCAUCGUCAUUUUUUUGUAAGCUUGCUGUGUGAGAAAUUGUACAGUUUUUG